AUGGAUUCGAAUUCAGACGGAGAAGAUCGGAAGCCCAACAACAAGGGCUCCGGCGGGGAGGGGCAGAGCAAGCCGAAGCGUCAGAUGAAGACUCCUUUCCAACUCGAAACGCUGGAGAAAGCUUAUGCCUCGGAAACAUACCCAACUGAGGUGACGAGGUUAGAGUUAUCUCAGAAGUUAGGUCUGACGGAUAGGCAAUUGCAGAUGUGGUUUUGCCAUAGGAGGUUGAAAGACAGAAGGGAGGAGAAGAAAGAAGAGAAAAAGGACAUCACCCCGGCAAAGAAACCACGAAAAGCUCCACCUCCCUUGCCGGACUCACCUGUCGAGGAACUCAAGCUUGCAGUUCCUGAUCCUGGGAGUGACUAUGGAUCUGGCUCGGGUUCCGGUUCCAGCCCGUAUAUGGAUUCAAGGAAAAUGGUUGUGGAUGAUGUGCCAAUGUCGAGGGGGUACUUCGACCCAUCUCCUCAGUCAGCUAUGGAGCUUAGAGCCAUUGCAUGUGUGGAGGCACAAUUGGGGGAGCCUUUGAGGGAGGAUGGUCCUAUUGUAGGAGUGGAGUUUGAUGCUUUGCCACCUGAUGCAUUUGGAGCCCCAAUAGCUGUGGUGGAACAGCAGAAGCGAUACCCUUAUGAUGGAAAAAUACUUCAACGGCGUGAGGGGAAAUCAAAAAAGGCCUCUGCAAGGGCUCUUCACGAGUAUCAGUUUCUCCCGGAUCAGUCCAGCAUAAGACCUGACACAUAUGGACAAGUUGCUCAGCAUUCUUACCAUGAUGUGCCAGCUGAUACUCUUAGGGGAAGAACUUCACCAUUUGUACGUGGAGAUGAGCAUUUACCCAGGAUUCAUGAUGUCCACACUCCAGUGUCACGUGUACGUCUCUUAUCUCCACAAGAAAACAAGGGUCAUCUUCCAUCAACUCAUUGGGAUGAUGAUUAUCUUUUGAGAUCAGAACCUUUCCCGAACCAUAGAAUAAAAGCUGAAUCUUCCAGUCACCAUAUGGCAGCACCAGAAAGUACACACAUGUUCCAUGAUGCCAAUGUCUUCCAGAGUGAAGCAGAUAUGCGCACAGAGAAGAAACGCAAAAUGAGGAGUGAAGAUGCUAGACUUGCCAGGGAAGCUGAGGCGAAUGAGAUUCGGAUGCGCAAAGAGCUCGAGAAACAAGAAAUUAUGAGACGCAAGAAUGAAGAGCGAAUAAAGAAAGAUAUGGAGAGGCAAGACCGUGAAAGAAAGAAGGAAGAAGAGAGAUUGAUGCGCGAAAGACAACGUGAGGAGGAAAAGUCAUUGCGUGAACAAAAACGCGAACUAGAAAGGAGGGAGAAGAUGUUGCAAAAAGAGUAUUUAAAGGCUGAGAAGCAGAAGCAGAAAGAAGAGCUAAGGAAAGAGAGAGAGGAAGUUAGACGUAAAGCUGCUAUUGAGAAAGCAACUGCACGGAGGAUUGCCAAAGAGUCUUUGGAUCUUGUUGAGGAUGAACAGUUGGAGCUCAUGGAAUUGGCUGCUGCAAACAAAGGGUUACACUCAGUGGUUCAACUAGACUAUGAUACUUUGCAAAACCUGGAUGUAUACAGAGAUUCCUUAUGCAAAUUCCCACCAGAGUCGGUACAGUUGAAAAAGCCAUUCGGCUUUCUGCCUUGGGUAGAUUCAGAAGAUAAUGUUGGAAACCUUCUGAUGGUCUGGAAGUUCUGCAUUACUUUUGCUGAUGUCCUUGGGUUAUGGCCAUUUACCCUUAACGAAUUUAUUCAAGCAUUUCAUGACUAUGAUUCAAGAUUGCUGGGUGAGGUACAUGUUGCUCUUAUGAAAUUAAUCAUCAAAGAUAUAGAAGAUGUUGCAAGGACUCCGAAUGGAUUAGGGACGAACCAGUAUUCUGUAUCUAAUCCCGAAGGUGGACACCCACAGAUCGUUGAAGGGGCAUACAUGUGGGGCUUUGACAUACGCAAGUGGCAGCAACUCUUGAAUCCAUUGUCGUGGCCUGAAAUAUUUCGGCAAUUGGCCUUAUCUGCAGGAUUUGGGCCACAGGUGAAGAAAACGAAUGCAGCAUGGCCACAUGCGAAGGACGAGAUCAAAGGUUGUGAAGAAACAGUUUCAACGUUACGUAAUGGAUUGGCAGCUGAAAAUGCUUUUGCCUUGAUGCGAGAAAAGGGUUUAUUAAAUCCACGGAAAUCUAGGCACAGACUUACACCUGGCACUGUCAAGUUUGCUGCUUUUCAUGUUCUUUCACUUGAAGGAAGUGAGGGACUAAAUGUUUUAGAACUUGCAGAUAAGAUUCAGAAAUCCGGGCUUCGGGACCUUUCAACAAGCAGGACUCCCGAGGCAUCCAUAUCCGUUGCUUUGACAAGGGACCAGAAGCUUUUUGAAAGGGUCGCUCCUUCCACAUAUUGUGUGCGGACUCCUUACAGAAAGGAUCCUGCAGAUGGCGAGGAGAUAAUUGCUGUAGCAAGAAAAAAAAUCCAAGUAUUUGAAAACGGGUUCUUAGGCGGAGAAGAAGACCCUGACGAGGUUGCUGAUGAAGUUGAAAGAGAUGAUGACUCUGAGGGCGAAGUUGAUGAGGAUCCUGAAGUCGAUGGUCUGACUAUUACACCAUUGAGCCCUAACAGACAUGUUGAGCAAGCUAAUGGAGUCAUCAAUACUCUUUUGGGGAAUGAGAUUGAUGAUGGACAAGAAAAUGCUCUGUUGGAAAUUGGGAAUGAUGCUUAUACGCGUGCUGGGUCUCCUUCAUUAUUCUUGAAAACUGAAUCCGAGAAUGAAUUCUCACCAUUCCCUCUGAAUAAUGGUUCCAGAGACUUGAGUACUCCUGGGACCACCAUGGACCAGUCUGUUAUCCAAGAGGAUGUCUGGGUUGGUAGUUAUACGAAGGAAGAGAAUCCUGAGAUUGAUGAAAGCAAGUCUGGUGAAUCAUGGGUACAAGGACUUACAGAGGGAGAUUAUUAUCAUCUCUCUGUUGAAGAGCGUCUGAAUGCUGUUUUUGCUCUUGUCAGCAUUGCGAAUGAGGGUAAAAUCAUACGUGCUGUUCUUGAGGACCGUUUGGAAGCUGCAAAUGCUCUUAAAAAGCAGAUGUGGGCUGAGGCACAAUUAGACAAGAGUCGUUUGAGGGAAGAUGUUAUGGGGAAGUUGGACUUGCUAUCGGGUAAAUUUGAUGCCCAAGUUAGUGGGUAUGCAACUGACAGCAUCAUCCAAAGUCCAGGCCGUCAAGCUGAUGGCUUUAAGGAGGCUUCUCAAAGCCUGGUAGAAGAACAAAAGUCACUGCUUGCAUCUGAGCAUGUACAGAAUGACAAUGCUCAUGCCACAGACAGAAAUGUGGCGGUUCAUGAUCCCUCCUUGAGUUUAGAGCACUUCCCAAAUCAACAAUCUUCUAGUUCCAAAAGGUUCAGAUCACAACUAAAAGCUUAUACGGCCCAUAUAGCUGAAGAUACCUAUAUAUAUAGGUCACUGGCACUCGGUCAAGAUCGCAGACGUAAUCGUUAUUGGCUGUUUGUUGCCUCUGCUUCUGUGAGUGAUCCUUUUUCUGGCAAGAUCUUUGUGGAACUACAAAGUGGGAAAUGGAGGGUUAUUGAUUCUGAAAAGGAAUUUGAUGCCCUUUUGUCAUCCUUGGAUAGUCGUGGGGUCAGGGAAUCCCAUUUGCGUAUAAUGAUGCAGAAGAUCGAAGCGUCAUUUAAAGAUACUGUCAGGAAGAGCUUGUCAUUCGACAAUGUUGCACGUCCAAUCAUUGAAAACGAAGCUUCUGAAAGAGACUCCAGUCCUAAUGGCUUAGUCGGUAUUGAUAGCCCUAGCAGUUUGCUUUGUGCUUCAAACUCUGAUACACAGGAUAUAUUUUCGUUCUUCCAAAUUGAGCUCGGGAGAAAUGAAAGAGAGAAUAAGGGUGUAUUGAGAAGGUAUGAGGAUUCGCAGAUUUGGAUGUGGAAAGAGUGCCUCAGUUCAACGGCGUCAUGUGCAAUGAAGCAUGGCAAGAAUAGGUCUAGACAACUGUUGGAUGCCUGUGAUCUUUGUCUGGACUCGUACUUAUUUGAAGACCACCACUGUCUUUCUUGCCACCAGACAUUUGACAGUGGCAACAGGAUGUUUAGCUUUGAAGAACACAAAACUAAAUGCAAUGGAAGUAAUUCAUCCUAUUCUUUGAAGAGCAGUGGCAACAAGAAGCUGGACUCUAGGGACGACCAUGGAAGUAAUUCAUCCUUGCCGGUGGGAAUCAGACUGCUCAAGACUCUGUUAGCUACGAUUGAGGCAUCUGUCCCAGCAGAAGCUCUCGAACCAUUGUGGACAGAGAGCCGUAGAAAGACUUGGAGCAAAAAAUUGGCAAAAUCGUCUUCAAUAGAAGGACUUCUGCAGAUGCUGACAGUGUUCGAGAGUGCUAUAAAACCAGACUUCUUGUUGCCUAAUUACGAGUCUACAAAAGAAUUACUAGGGACACCUACAGCAUACUAUGACAAAACCGAUCUCAGCUCAGUUCCUGUGCUUCCUUGGAUACCCAAAACCAUGGCAGCCGUGGCGCUGAGGCUUUUCGAACUUGAUGCUUCUAUAGUUUACGUACAACAGGAGAAGUCUGCAUCUUCCGACUACAACUCUGCCAACGCUGUAACGAAGCUUCAUUCAGGAUACACUUCAGUGAAGAACAAAGAGGUUGAACUCACGGAACGGAAAGAAGACUACUUCAAUGAAGUCGCCAUCAACCCACGGAGCAAUAAGCGUAACAUGGCUAAACCUCGACGUAGGAACCAUGAUCAAGGACGUCGGCCCAAAGUGCUGAGAAAAACACCUACUCAGGCAGCAAAGUGGAACAGUUCGAAGCCGGCGGUGAGCAACUUCAACCAAGGGGUGGGAGGAUCGAGACAGCAGCAUGGACACGAGGUGAACAUUCAAGGAACCAGUCGGGGCCCACGAACAGUCCGGAAGAGGAGAGUCGAGAACGUGAUUACUGGAGACCAACUACUGCUCGGCAGCAUGUCCGAGAGUAAGGUUCCGCCGCCUGCCAAGGCUGGCAGGUACAGUGGAAGUUAUGAGAUCGAGGACGAUGGGAUGGAAGUCGAUGACUCGAGUGACGAUGACAGCGACAACAACAGCAACAACAACAACAACAACAAUAGUGAUGUCAGCAGCUCGGAAGAGUCCGAGGAUGACAAUCCUGCAGAGGAGUAUGAGCAAGGAGGUUGGAACAACCGAGGGUUUGAUGAUGCAGGCCCUUCCUCCAAUGGUUGGAAAGACGACCUGAUGGAAGAUGGCAGCCCCAAUAGUGACGAUGAAGAUCCCCGGCCCACCAUGCCCGGUAGUGAUGGAACAAGUGAAGAUGAAGAAGAUCGAGAUGGAGAUGCUUAUGGUGAUGAUGAUGACGAUCCUGGGCGUGGAAAUGGGGACUCCUUUGCAUAUGCAUCGGGGGAGGAAAACGAAAAUAUGAUCGAAGACGAUGGCGUGCCAGUCUACCGGGAUUCUGAGAAUGCAGGAAUGAGUGAUGGGUCGGACGAAGAGCGAGUGGUCGACGAUGAUAAAGCUGUGGAGAGGAACGAUGUUGAAGAAGAAGAAGAAGACGUAGAAGAAGGUGACGGUGAGUCAGAUGGAUCGGAUUCUGAGGAUUAUAGCAGCGAUUGA